UAUAGCCCUAAGUGUCAGUGUCGAUUCUCUGAAAAAAAAAAAAAAGCAAAAAAGAGAUGAGAGGCGGAGAAGCGGCGGUAAAGAGAAGAAAGACGGUGGGUUUCGGCGGAGCGCCGCCGCCACCACCACCAUCGAUCGAGCAACAUCGUCAACACUUCAACUCAAGAGACUCCGACGCCAGUUUCGCUAGCAGCCGUCCUUCGUCGGUCGGUUUAGGCGGCCGAGGCAACGAUGACAGAUCUCACCAGUCUUCAAUGAUUCGAGUCAUCAACGCCUUCCUCUCUGCUCAAUGCUUCCCGAUCGUUAUCCGCGGUAAUCCUGUUCCUUCUGUCAAAGAUAUCACCGAAACCCUAAAAUUCUUACUCUCCGCCUUAGAUUACCCUUGCGAUUCCAACAAGUGGGAUGAGGAUAUCGUCUUCUUCCUCAGAUCUCAUAGCUGUCCUCAUAAGAUCACUAAAUCUAGCCUCAAAGCUCCCAAUACGCCUCACAAUUGGCCUACUAUUCUCGCCGUUGUUUUCUGGUUGGUCGAGCACGCUCGUCACCGUCAACAUCGAGUAUCAAAUCCCACCUCCGUUCCCGAAGCUAACUCCAUGAGUUUCUACGCGAGUCAAACCUAUCUUCACUACAUUCGCGGCGAGGAUGAUUUGGAGAAUGCUUUAGAUGAUGAGUUUAUAGGGAAAUUGGACGCGGAGAAGACUAAUAUGGCUGAAACGAUCUCUGGUUGUCACGAUAUGAAAGGUGAAUUAGAGGCGAAACUUGAGUCGUUGAGGAGAGGUCCGUCGAAGAAAGAGUCUCUGGAGAGAGUUGAAGCCGAUCUUGAGAAAGAUGUGAAUAAGUUUCGGACGAUCGUUGUGGAGUAUACUGAUAGGAUCCAAGCGGUGGAGAAAGCUGUGGAGGAGAAAGAUAAGGAGCUCAAAGCUAAGGAAGAAGAGAGAGAGCGAAUCUCUCAAGAGAAUAAAGAGCUGAAGAAGUCUGUUGAGCUUCAGAACUUUAGCGCCAGAGAUGUUGAGAGGAUGAGAAGAGAGUUACAAGCUGUGGAGAGAGAUGUUGCAGAGGCUGAAGUUGUUAGAGAUGGUUGGGAUCAGAAAGCUUGGGAACUCAAUUCACAUAUUAGGAAUCAGUUUCAUCAGAUUCAGACACUAGCCAUUGAUUGUAACCAAGCUCUAAGGAGACUGAAGCUUGAUGAUAUUCAGUUUGUUGUGAAAGAGAGAGGGGAGACACCUGCUGCGGUAAUGGGUGUGGAUUAUAAAUCUGUUGUGAAGCCAGCUCUGUGUUCGUUGUACGAUGGGAUCAAAGGAAGCUCGGCGGAGAAGGUGGAGGAAUUGAUCACGUUACAACACCAGAUGUCUGAAAUGGCUUCGAAGAUGGAAUCCAAAAAGAGUCUUCUUGAGUCAGUUCAGUUGCAGAUCAGUGAACUCGAAGAGAAGAUGAGGUUGGUGAAGAAGGAAACUCAAGAGUUUACUACGAAAUGUGACAUGGAGGCAAAAACAAUGGUAGAGUGUGUGAAAACGGAGGCUUUUAAUCUGGAAGUGGUGGAGAAAGAAGCUGCGGAGUAUUUGAAAGCUUCGGAGCUUAGUUUGCAAGAAGCAGAGAAGAAGGCUGAAGAGGAGGUCCAAGCCUGUGCUGCACAACUCUUUGCAAUUAUUGAUAGGGUAUCUAAACAUAAAGAGUACAUGGAUUCGAAGAUAUCCGAGAUCAAAACUGGUGUUGCUAAAACUGCUAGGUCUGUUGCAGAGAUAUAUAAAGCGAGCUUCAAGAAGCACCAUGGUAUCUAGGGAUUGGAUGGCAUUGACUGAUCCAAGAGUUUGUUAAAGCCUUAUUAUGCACAAGUUGCUGGUCUUUACUAUGGAGUGAGCCUUUCGGACAAUGGUUUCGAGUUGACCCUUCUUGGUUAUAAUCACAAAUUGAGGAUAUUGUUGGAAACUGUUGUUGCAAAGAUAGCAAAUUUUGAAGUAAAACCUGACCGAUUUGCUGUUAUCAAGGUAACCAUGUC